CCUCCUGGCGAGAAGGUCUAAGACCCGGGCGGCAGGUCAAUGGCCAGCAAGGAGGGGGGUCGGAGCCAGCAGCAGCGGCGGCAGUGGUGGCAGCAGGAGACAAAUGGAAACCUCCGCAGGGCACAGAUUCCAUCAAGAUGGAGAAUGGGCAGAGUACAGGCGCCAAGCUGGGGCUGCCUCCCCUGACGCCUGAGCAGCAGGAGGCCCUCCAGAAGGCCAAGAAGUACGCCAUGGAGCAGAGCAUCAAGAGUGUGCUGGUGAAGCAGACCAUCGCGCACCAGCAGCAGCAGCUCACCAACCUGCAGAUGGCAGCAGUGACAAUGGGCUUUGGAGAUCCUCUCUCACCUUUGCAAUCGAUGGCAGCUCAGCGGCAGCGGGCACUGGCCAUCAUGUGCCGAGUCUACGUGGGCUCUAUCUACUACGAGUUAGGAGAGGACACAAUUCGCCAGGCCUUCGCCCCUUUUGGCCCCAUCAAGAGCAUUGACAUGUCCUGGGACUCUGUCACCAUGAAGCACAAGGGCUUUGCCUUCGUGGAGUAUGAAGUCCCAGAGGCGGCUCAGCUGGCUUUGGAGCAGAUGAACUCAGUGAUGUUGGGUGGCAGAAACAUCAAGGUGGGCAGGCCCAGCAACAUCGGGCAGGCCCAGCCCAUCAUAGACCAGCUGGCUGAGGAGGCGCGGGCCUUCAACCGCAUCUACGUGGCCUCUGUGCACCAGGACCUCUCGGACGACGAUAUCAAAAGUGUAUUUGAGGCUUUUGGAAAGAUCAAGUCUUGCACGUUGGCCCGAGACCCCACGACUGGCAAGCAUAAGGGCUAUGGCUUCAUUGAGUAUGAGAAGGCCCAGUCGUCCCAGGAUGCUGUGUCCUCCAUGAACCUCUUUGAUCUGGGUGGCCAGUACUUGCGGGUGGGCAAGGCCGUCACCCCCCCCAUGCCCCUGCUAACACCUGCCACACCUGGAGGCCUCCCGCCUGCUGCUGCUGUGGCCGCAGCUGCAGCCACAGCCAAGAUUACAGCUCAGGAAGCAGUGGCUGGAGCAGCGGUGCUGGGUACCUUGGCCACGCCUGGACUGGUGUCUCCAGCGCUGACCCUGGCCCAGCCUCUGGGGGCUUUGCCCCAAGCUGUCAUGGCUGCCCAGGCUCCAGGAGUCAUCACGGGUGUGACCCCAGCCCGUCCUCCCAUUCCGGUUACCAUCCCCUCUGUGGGAGUGGUGAACCCCAUCCUGGCCAGCCCCCCAACGCUGGGUCUCCUGGAGCCCAAGAAGGAGAAGGAAGAGGAGGAGUUGUUUCCAGAGUCGGAACGGCCAGAGAUGUUGAGUGAGCAGGAGCACAUGAGCAUCUCGGGCAGCAGUGCCCGCCACAUGGUCAUGCAGAAGUUACUCCGGAAGCAGGAGUCUACAGUCAUGGUUCUCCGUAAUAUGGUGGACCCCAAGGACAUUGACGACGACCUGGAAGGGGAGGUGACGGAGGAGUGCGGCAAGUUUGGUGCUGUGAACCGCGUCAUCAUCUACCAGGAGAAGCAGGGCGAGGAGGAGGACGCCGAGAUCAUCGUCAAGAUCUUUGUGGAGUUUUCCAUGGCCUCAGAGACUCACAAGGCCAUCCAGGCCCUCAACGGCCGCUGGUUUGCUGGCCGAAAGGUGGUGGCCGAAGUGUAUGACCAAGAGCGUUUUGACAACAGCGACCUCUCUGCGUGACCUUGGCCCGUGUCCUGGACUUGUACUUGCCCCUCUUUUCCUCUGGGUUUUAUAGUGAUAACAGUGGCUUCCCCGGGGCCAGGCGCUCUGCCCACCCAGCCUGUAAUGUGCAUAAAGGUGCAGCUGCUGCUGGUCCUGAACUUCA